AGUUCUUCUCUCUCUCUUUUCUUUCUUCUCCUGUGGAAAACUAAAACCCUCUCACUCUUCAAUCUCUACCAUUUUCCCCCUCACAUUCAUUCUUUGCUUCCUCCUUUUAUAUAUCACGAGAUCCCCAUCUCUUUCUUUCUUUCCCCCAUCUCAUGCCUCCUUCUUCAAACCCUCUUCUUCUUCCUCCUCCUCCUCUUCCCCUCCCUUUUCUUCCUCUUCAAUACCUUCCUUUCUCACUUUCUCUUAGUUACAUUCACACACAUUGCUGUUACUAAACAAACCCAAGAGAGAAUCUGACUGUCCAUCUCGCCAUUUUGUCUUCUUGUUCGCUAAUUUGAUUAAUUUUGACAAUUAGAAUGUCGCAUUCCGGGAAGAACAUCACCACUGACUUAGGGUUUGAUAAUCUUUCCAUUCAUGACUCCUUCAGUUGCGAAAUGAACAAGCCCGAUUUCCGAGAACUCGAUCUAGGGUCACCGGUCUCGCCACUUCGGACUCGAACCACUGGACUCUCCACCACUACCACUACCACUACCACAACCACCACCAGCUCCAGCUCUAGCUCUUCCGGAUCCAUCUCCGGCCAAACGAGGUCCAAUCCAGUUGCCAAAAGGCCUGAAUCUAGCCCUAACAGCCACUCCGGUGAACUCUCUGGUUCCUGUGAAACGAGCCCAACCGCUCCUAACCGUAAUUUGAAGGUGGGUCAUAGUAGAUCCGAGUCCGGAUCCGCGUACCCUUUAAUCUACUCCGGUCAGCACCAGAACCAGAGUUCCGUCAACUCACCGCCCAUUAAUGUACUUCCCACUGGCAACAUCUGUCCAUCUGGAAAAAUAUUGAAAACGGGAAUGGGUCUAACGGCUAACCGGAGCACGAGAACCGACACGCUUGGAUCCGGUUCGGGUCAUUAUGGGCACGGAAGCAUAAUGCGUGGCGGGAGUAGCAACGUUUCCACUGCUUCGUCUUGUAGAAGCGGAGGAGGUGUAGCGGUGGGCCCGGAAAAUGUGGCUGGUGGUAAGAUUCAUAGAGGCGGAGCUAGCGGUGGAGAUGCCGAGGAGUUGAAGAGAAUAGGAAAUGAGUUUUAUAGGAAGCGAUGUUUUGGUGAGGCUUUGAGUAUGUAUGAUAGGGCGAUAGCUUUAGCGCCGGGAAACGCCGCUUAUCGGAGUAAUAGGGCAGCAGCUUUGACGGGUUUAAGGAGGAUUUGGGAGGCUGUCAAGGAAUGCGAGGAGGCUGUGAGAUUGGAUCCUAAUUAUUGGAGGGCUCAUCAACGUUUGGCAUCUUUGCUGAUAAGGUUAGGGCAGGUUGAGAAGGCCAGGAGCCACCUUUGUUUGCCUGGGCAGCAGCCUGAUCAAAAUGAGUUGCACAAGUUACAGGCAGUAGAGAAGCAUCUUAGCAAAUGCACAGAUGCUCGGAAAGUUCGUGAUUGGAAGAGUGUGCUAAGGGAAGGUGAAGCAGCCAUUGCUGCUGGAGCUGACUUUUCUCCUCAGCUCCUUAUGUGUAGAGCAGAAGCACUUUUGAAACUCCACCAACUUGAAGAUGCUGAAUCAAGCCUAUCAAACAUUCCCAAAUUGGAAACACCUACUGUCUCUUGCUCACAGACUCCGUUUUUUGGAAUGCUCUCUGAAGCUUAUCCCUUCUUUGUCCGAGCUCAGAUUGAAAUGGCAUUGGGAAGGUUUGAGAAUGCAGUUACAGCUGCCGAGAAAGCUGGGAAAAUUGAUCCUCGGAAUGUUGAAGUUGCGGUACUGCUAAACAAUGUCAAGUUUGUGGCAAGAGCUCGUGCCCGUGGCAAUGAUCUCUUCAAAUCUGAAAGGUUCACUGAAGCCUGUGCAGCUUACGAAGAAGGCCUCAAGCUUGAUCCAUCAAACUCUGUUCUCUAUUGCAACAGAGCAGCUUGUUGGUUCAUGCUGGGGCUUUGGGAGCGAUCUGUUGAAGACUGCAACCAAGCUUUGCGUAUUCAACCCAAUUAUACCAAAGCUCUUCUUCGGAGAGCUGCCUCAAACAGCAAGCUAGAAAGGUGGGCUGAUGCUGUGAGAGAUUAUGAGGUUUUAAGAAGGGAACUUCCAGAUGACAACAAAGUUGCUGAGUCCCUAUUUCAUGUGCAAGUUGCAUUGAAGAAAUCUCGUGGUGAAGAAGUUUACAAUAUGAAAUUUGGUGGUGAAGUAGAGGAAGUUUCAGGUCUUGAGCAGUUCAGAGCUGCAGUAUCUUUACCCGGUGUAUCUGUUGUCCAUUUCAAAUCGGCAUCUAACUCACAAUGCAAACAAAUAUCUCCAUUUGUGGAUACAUUAUGCGGCCGCUACCCUUCGAUAAAUUUUCUUAAGGUGGACAUUGAUGAGAGUCCGGCAGUUGCAAAUGCUGAGAAUGUGAGGAUUGUACCAACGUUCAAGAUAUACAAAAAAGGUAGCCGGGUGAAGGAAAUUGUCUGCCCUAGUCGUGAUAUGUUGGAACACUCGGUGAGGCAUUACAGCUUUUAGAACUCAAAGACUAUAUAUUGUACUUCUGUCAAUUUUAGAUUUCUUCUUGCUGCCCAACCUCCCAAUUCGAUGGGAAUACACUCUUCCACUGCCGUCCCAGCUUCCACCAUAAAACGAUUACUAGACAACUGUGACAUAAAUCAGAACCACAUAAUAAUCUCAUUAGCCAAUGGAACCCAGAGAGGUAGCUUAGCCCCUUUUGCAGUUUUUAUUUAUUCAUUCAUUUCUCAUUGUCCUGUGGUUCCAUUUUCUUCCUGCCCAUUUCCUUUUGUCAUUUUCCCUUUUUUUUUUUUCUAUUUGGAACUCCUUUUCCAUUUUCUUUGUAGGUCAGCCUGGUUCUUGUAUCCCCACUUCCGUUGAGAGGAAAAAAAAUAAAAAAAAUUCAGAGGUAUGUACAAUUUGAUUAAAUCUGGUCCCUUAGCCACAUUUUAGAGAGAGUAAGAACUAGCAGGCUGUUAGAAGAGAGGAUCUGACGAUCUGUACAUGUAUAUAUGUGAUGAUAUAUACAACAAAUUGGAAGCCCUGAGGGAGAUUGGAUGUCUGGUGGGUACUUAGUUUACUGGGUUAGUGGAAAGAAGGAUGAAGAAUAUGUUGUUAUUAAUACUGUUGUUUUUUACCCCCAAUCAUUUCAUCAAUAAAAAAAAGAUCCCAUUUUUUC